AUGAAGGAGUUCAUCAAGAAGCAUUUCAUAGCCGGUGCUGCUCGGCAGAAUUACGAGGUGUAUGAAAUCCAUUUGAUUCUCGAAAAAGCACUGACUGAAAUGAGGAACUCACCGAUACUGCUCGAAGUACGGUGUCCCGUGAACAUUUGCGGUGAUAUACAUGGACAGUAUGGUGAUUUGAUGCGGAUUUUCAACGCAUGUGGGCUACCCUUCAAACAACGUUAUUUGUUCCUUGGGGAUUAUGUGGAUCGAGGACGGCAUUCUCUUGAAGUAAUUAUGCUUCUGUUAGCACUUCGGAUCCAGUUUCCUCGGAAAGUCUUCUUAUUGCGAGGCAAUCAUGAAUUGUCCAACAUUAAUCGGGUGUACGGCUUCAAUGCGGAAAUUCGACAGCGGUACCGUAAUCUCACCGAGUCCAAGGCUCUUUACGAUCACUUCAAUGAGGUGUUUGCUCAGAUGCCAUUGGCUGCACUGGUAGCUAGUCGUAUUCUUUGUAUGCAUGGCGGUUUAUCACCGAAUCUGAAUAGCCUUGAUGAUAUCCGAAAACUACAACGACCACUGAGAGUCGUGCGUGGUUUGGCACAAGAUCUACUGUGGGCUGAUCCUGAAACGGGUACGAAGGGAUUCCAGCAAAACAAAAUCCGAGCUGUGUCCCAUAUCUUUGGGGAAGAUAUGGUGCGGGAUAAGUGUAAGCAGCUGAACAUCGAUCUAAUCAUCAGAGCUCACCAGGUGGUAGAAUUCGGCUAUGCAUUCUUUUGCGGUCGCGCCCUGAUUACUGUGUUCUCGGCGGCUCGAUAUCAUGAAGAACUUGUCAACUAUGCAGCGGUAGUUAAGGUGGAUGCCAGUUUAGAACUAUCGUUUGUGCAGUUGAAACCGCAAGAAUUCGAAAAAGUACGACGCGAGUUGGAGCAAAAACACGACGAGACCGGUGAUCCUGGAGAAGAACCACAACCGCAGCCAUCACCGGGUGGUGCCGCCAGUUCAGCACCGCAGGCGACGCAGGAAACUACAAAAAACACCCAAUCAUAG